AUGUCUUUGAACUCCUGGAUCCCAGAGCUGUGUUCCGGCGACAAGAUGGUGCAGAAGGUCGCCGUCUCUACCGGCCCCUCCCUGGAGUUAUUCACCUUCCCCUCCACGCUGGGCUCCUCGGUCGCUACCGCAGCGCUAGAGCAGCUCCUUGUUGUGGAAAAAUCUCUGCAAAGUGACUAUUUUAAAUGCAAUGAAGAAGUUAGGAUCUUUCUUAAGGACAUCGCUAUAGCUGUUAAAAAAUUGGAAGGAAUGAGAAAGUCCACAAUUGACCUUCUAGAAAUGGAAAGCAUGGAACUCAGCAGACUGUACUUCCUGCUGGAGAUGCUGCCAGAAAGCAUGAGCAGGGAGUUAGAAGAAUGUGUCACAGGUGCUCGCAAAUUAAAUCUCGCUGAGAUCCAUCGAAUGCGCAUGAAAAUUCUAAGGACAGAUAAUGAAAUAGAGUUUCUAAAGAAGAGAAUAGUUGAUCUGACAGAAAUUAAUAAAGCUCUGGGUGAAAAGCAAGAAGAACUGUCAAAGCAGCAUACAGCGAUUGUCCUGUUGCUCAACCAAAUGAUGGAACAAAAAGCCACAACCAUUGUUGACAUAAAUGAGACCUAUACCAAAAUCAACACGGAGAGAGAAGAAAUAGAAUUGCAUAAAAUAUAUCUGAAAGAGACAGAGGAGUUGAUGUUAAAACAGAAAGAAGACUAUUUGACAAGAAAACAGCAAUUGACUGCACAAAUAAAUGAACUUAAAAAGAUCUGUGAUCUUAAGAAAAUAGAGACUUAUAAAAAGAAGAAAGAAUUGGAUAAAAUACUAAAGGAAGUGACAAAAAUUAAAGAUGCAGUUAUUACCACCUCAGCGGCUCUUAGUGAUCACAAUUUAGAGAUAGCACAACUACGUGGCUCAAUAAAUCAUUGGGAAAAAGAGUUGGAAAACGUAAAGAAAUUAUGUAAGAUUCUGGAGAAUAAAAUACGGUUCUUCACAGAUCACCAGAACAAACUGGAUGAAGAAUCCAUUAUUGAAAAAAAUGAUUACCUGACUAAGAUAAAAGAGCUGGCUGAAAAACUGCACCAAUUUCGUAUAGAGAACAAAGAGCUACGAGAGAAACUGCAUACUCUUAUCAGACAAUAUAAGAUUGUCUCCAGUGAGGAGCAGAAAGUUUAUUUGCAGAGACAGAUCGUCUAUGGGGAAUACCGUAAACAAAUGGCAUUCAUUACUAAGAAAGAAAACUUCCUGACACAAAGAAAAGUAGAUAUCAAACAUAUGGACGAAGGACUUCAUACUCUUAAAAGACUUUAUAAUGCAGCAAAGGAAGCUUAUCGAAAACAAAUAAAAAUCUUGAGUGAUAACCUGGAAAAAGAAACUCAGAGAUGUGUUGUAACUCAGUGGAAAAUAUUAUGUUUGAGAAAAAAGCAUGAACAUUGGGUAGCAAAGAUAAAGGAGGAAAUGCACGAAAUUAUAGAAAAAAUUGAACAUUCAGAAAAGAAACGUACAGAUUUGCUUGAAGAGACCCUUGUUAGAAAAAAGGAAAUCGAAGAAUUUGUGGCACAGGCUGAAAAAAUUACAAUAGAAUUACAAGAAGAGGAGGAGGAAUUUACUGUAAAAGAAAAGAAGUUAAUUCUGGAGUUAAACAAGUAUGAGAAAUUAUAUGUUCAGGAAAUACAAAUUAAGAAAGAGACUGAAGAAGAACUAAUUGAAUGUAUUCCACAACUUCAGGAAGCAGAAGAAGAGUAUGAAAUCAAAUAUAAAAAGUUAGAAGAUCUCUAUAAUAUUUUUACAGCACGAAAACAUGAGGAGAAGUUAAUAUGCACUAGCAUUACUCAGUUGACAAGAGAAUUUUCAAGAUACUUAGAAAAUACGGAGAAAAUGAAGCAGGAAUUACAAGAAUUACGAGAUCGUGAAAGUAAGAAAGUCAGAGAUCAUUUUGAAAUUCUAAAGAAUUUAGAAUAUGAAAUCUUUGUAAAUGAUCAAAAAGCAAACCUUUUACUCCUGGAAAAUGAAAGAUUAAAAAAAUAUAUUUCAUAUAUGAAGAACAAUAUAGAGAAAUACAGAAAAGGCCAAGAAGAGCUUACAUACAACUUAAGUAACGUAUCUUGGGAACUGAUAACUCAGCACACACGUUAUGUAGAUUUGUGGACAGAAUUUCAGGCUACAGUUAAGGACUUGGUGAACAACGGUGAAGAGAUCUUGCGUGAAAUCCAAAAUCUAAUGAACAAACUGCAAGAAAGAGAUAAAAAAAUUGAAACCCUCAAUAGUUGGAUAGAAGGGAAUAUUGAAGAACUGCGUUCUCUUAUGAACCAAGAAUCACCAACAGACCUUCUUAAAAAGAAGAAACAGAAGCAUACGAAAAGAGUUCAUUCCCAAGCCUCUAAAUGUACUAGGGAAAAGGCAUUAACAAAGAGUAACUCAUCAAAAUAACUGAAGGACACAAUUGCUGUAAAUUUGAAAGGCAAAAACAAAACCACAGAAGAACAAUAAUCUGAACAUGUCUUCAACCAAAUUAUAAACAGAAACCCUGUUUUAUAAAUUACACUCUAUUUUUGUAUUAUCAAAAUACUGUAUUGGUGAAAAUAAAUAGAUAACAAAAAAACAAUACUUUAUUUCCACAUUUGCUAUC